AUGCUUACCGUAAUCAUCGCAUUGUUCCUGUUGGCACGAGCUCCAUCAACGAUAUUGAUCAUCCUCGUGAAGUUAUCCGACAUACUGCCACUUGGAUCAUUGGAGUUCGCCCAUUCAGCCUAUACUCGAUCCUUUGCAAACAUCAUACUCAUCACGCUGCAUCCCAUAUCGUUCGCUAUCUACAUCUUCAUGUCAAGACGUUUCCGCGUUUCGCUUCGUCGACUCCUUGGAUUGCGAUGGCUUGCUUCUGACGAAGAUUUCAAUGCAUCUUCAGUGCGAAAUUCCCAACUGAAAGCUCAGACUACGAAAAGCAGUUUUGCGCUGUCCACUUGCAAAAAAGGUAAGAAAGUGGUCUAUCUACGCAACGCAGCUCGCGUAGCUCUUCCUUUUCCAGAAAAGCUUUUUACCCUAAGUCUUCCUUCGACACCGUGA